CGAAACCCCCAAGACAUAAUGCCUAUCUGGCCCCGAGGACGGGCAUUAAAGUCAAAGGAUUUACCCUCGGAAAAGUCCAGGAGUCCGAUCAUCGGAUCAUCAAAACACGGCGGGUUUCAAAUGGCAGUGAGCAAUACAGCUAGCAAGAUUGGGCUCCUUGGGCCGCUUUCAGAUCCGGAAAAUGCCGUUGCCGACAUUGUCUUCGUUCACGGACUGAAGGGACAUCGCGAGUCGACUUGGACCAAGUACGGCGUUUUUUGGCCCAAGUCCCUUCUCCCUCUCGACAUACCCAAGGCAAGGAUCUGGUCUUGGGGCUAUGAUGCAGACAUUUUCCACUUCUGGAACCCACACGCCCAGGACCAGCAGCUCAGAGACCACUCCCGGCAGUUGUGUAGUGACCUGGCUGGGGCUCGGAGCCAGACACCUGAUCGCCCACUCAUAUUCGUGCUGCACAGUCUUGGGGGCAUCGUGUGUGAAAACGCUCUUAUACUUGCAACUUUGAGUGCAGAACCGCACAUAAAGAGUAUUGCAACUUGCACACGAGGAAUAAUUUUCCUUGGAACACCGCUCGAAGGCGCUGGCAAAGCAAAGUGGGCGGUAAUUGGGCAGAAAUUCGCCGCCCUCUUUCGACAGGACAAGAACACCGACGUUGUCAAGGUGUUGCAGAAGGACUCUCCAAAACUUCAAGAGCUUGCUGACCACUUCGCCAACAUCCUUCGUGACCGCGCUAAGUCAGAGGAGCCAAUCGAUGUGGUCUGUUUCUAUGAGGAGUUUGAGACAGAGUCGAUCGGUAUGAUCGUGCUCAAGGAGUCUGCAACUAUCAAAGGAUACGAAGCCCAGGCCAUCCCCGCCGAUCAUGGACAGAUGUGCAAGUUCGCCAAGAGCGAUGAGCAGGGCUACAUCAGGAUUAAGGGCAUUCUCGAAAGAUGGAUUCGAGAACUUUCUCGGGCUGGUCGCAUCUCACCAUCGACAGGGGUGCAAAUAAACCAGACAAUCAAUCGCAUGCUAGGAGGGUUGGUUACCGGACAACACUAUGGGGAUAGUACCAUAACCUCCCAUAUCUAUAUGCGCCCUGAAAGCGGUAGCCAGUGCGAUGAAUAA